UGAGGUAUAUUUCUAAAUUGAAAUUUUUUUAUUUAUAUUUUGAAUCAGAAGCAAAGACGUAGGAUUAUCGAAGUUAUCUGGUGAAACUUCUUGAAGAUAACAGCCAUGGCCUCCACAGUCUCAAUGAGUGUGUUUUCCACUCUGCCUUCUCCUUCACAGGGUAAAUGUCGCCUGCCCUCGCUCAGUUCUAGGUCGAUUUCUUUGCAAGUUCAAACUACGAACUCCCCUGUAACAACACUGACAUGGGGAUCUCAACGCUUAAGUUUUCCUAUCUUGAGAGAAGCAUCUCCUGUGAAGAACAGAAGACUCAUCUGUGCAAACUCUGCGACAAAAAAUGUAGAGCUCCAAGCAGAAGUCUCAACAAAGUGUUUCUUUGAUGUAGAAAUUGGAGGUGAAUCGGCAGGUAGAAUCGUGAUAGGACUUUUUGGGGAUGUUGUUCCAAGAACGGUAGAAAAUUUCCGAGCCUUGUGUACUGGGGAGAAGGGAUAUGGGUAUAAAGGAUGCUCUUUCCAUAGGGUGAUUAAAGAUUUCAUGAUUCAAGGAGGGGACUUCACUAAUGGAGAUGGAACCGGAGGUAUUAGUAUCUAUGGUCCCAGUUUUCGAGACGAGAAUUUUUCAUUGAAGCAUGUAGGACCUGGUGUACUUAGCAUGGCCAAUGCUGGACCUGAUACUAAUGGAAGUCAAUUCUUCAUCUGUACUGUAAAGACGCCAUGGUUGGACAAUCGCCACGUUGUGUUUGGACAUGUGAUCGAAGGAAUGGAUGUUGUGAAACGAAUUGAAUCACAAGAAACAAGCAACUUAGAUAUUCCUCGCAUGCCAUGUAGAAUUGUUAAUUGUGGAGAACUGGAGGUGAAAGUUGAUUAGCCUUGUUGUAACUGUAGCUAUUGACUUCUUUGAGGAUUACGGGUAUGCAUGUUGAUUCAUUUGAGUAGUUUUGGUUAGAGUAUAGUAUGGAAUUCUUAAUUCUUGGGAAUCGCAUGUGGAGGGAUGGUUUGAUUUCUUGUAUUCACUAGUAGCUGGUGUCUCUUUUUGUCCAUUUUUAACUUAAAGUUCUUUGUUCUACAUGUACAUGUACAUGUGAAGCUACUAGUAGCGAGAUGUGUAUUUUUUAAAUUAAGCAUUUUUUCUUGCUGCUUAUGAUUUUCA